AUGCCGUUCCUGAGCACGAGGAAUUCACUAGUGGAUUGCACGGGUUCUGCACUUCUUUCAUUUGGUCUCCCCUCGACCUAUCCUCCCUCUUGCCUGUCUUGUCUGUUCUGCACUGCAGACAACUGUGCGGCGGUGAAUUGUGGGCCCGGCGGCAAGUGCGUGUAUAAGGAGAACGGAGACCCAACCUGCUCGUGCGACGUGGGAUACCAGAUGCCUCCUGACAAGCUGGUUUGCGUUGAUAAGUGUGCUUCGGUGAAUUGUGGGCCCAACGGCAAGUGCGAGCAGGAUGCGGCCGGAAAUCCGUUCUGCAGCUGCACCACCGGAUUCAAGCCGUCUUCUGACAACCUCACUUGCGUCGACACCUGUGCUGAGGUGAAUUGUGGGCCUAACGGCAAGUGUGUGAAGAAGGACAACGGAGACCCAACCUGCUCGUGCAAUGCGGGCUAUCAGAUGCCUCCUGACAAGCUGAUCUGCGUUGAAACGGCUUGCUACGUGUUGGGCUGCGAACCGGAAGGGGUGUGUGUGAACAACAACGGCGCUCGCUCUUGCAAAUGGAACUCACCCUGUGGCGCCUGCCCCUCAGGAGCCACCUGCCGAUUCGUCCAGGGAAUGAAUUUGACUGGCGUGGGGUACACUGAACCUCCCAAAGUGGAUGUGCCAGUCUGCGAGUGCCCCGCGGGCUAUGGCAUGACCCCAACGGAGUGCGUCAAGGGUGCACCUGAUGAAGUGCUUGGCUACAGCAUAACACUCAUCCAGGAUCCCACAGCCAAAGACAAGGCAUCCAAGCCUUACACCUUCCGUUACAGGGAGGGCUGCACUCAGUUCCCGAAGGAGGUGGCUGGGAAUUACACGGUUGAGUUCCAUGUGCAUGGCAUCGGCGACGCUCCGAUGUGUCGUAGCUGGCGGCUUUACGAUACCGAUAACUGCACCUCAACCCCUCUGCACAAAGGAUACGACGAUGCUUCAAAUUUCUGGGCGUUCACAUAUACGGCUGUUUCCCCACCCUUGCAGCAGUACAGAUCUAUGUGGUGCAAUGGUACGAUAAUACCGGACUAUUGGAUGAACAACGCUGGCGGCGUCUGA